GCACAACAGCAGCCUGCUAGUGCCAGAUCCCAUCUACCCAGCACCAAAUCGACCGGUGAAUGCCGCCGGCUGCUUAUAUAUAACUCCCGUCCUACGUGCGACCAGCGCGCCAUCACCCAUCAGUGCCCAUCGCAACGCUACCGCAGCUUCCACCUACUUCUCUCCCCUCUUCCAGUUCCGCUGCUUCGGUGAGGCCAUGGCGCGGAAGAAGAUCCGGGAGUACGACUCCAAGCGCCUGCUCAAGGAGCACCUCAAGCGCCUCGCCGGCAUCGACCUCCAGAUCCUCUCCGCGCAGGUCACACAAUCAACGGAUUUCACAGAGCUUGUGAACCAGGAGCCAUGGCUCUCAUCUAUGAAGUUGGUUGUUAAACCAGACAUGCUGUUUGGUAAACGUGGGAAGAGCGGCCUUGUGGCCCUCAACCUAGAUCUUGCUCAAGUCCGCCAAUUUGUCAAGGAGAGGUUGGGAGUUGAGGUUGAGAUGGGCGGCUGUAAGGCUCCAAUUACAACAUUCAUAGUCGAGCCAUUUGUGCCACACGAUCAAGAGUAUUAUCUCUCGGUCGUAUCAGACAGGCUUGGUUGCACCAUUAGUUUCUCAGAGUGUGGAGGUAUUGAUAUUGAGGAGAACUGGGACAAGGUUAAGACUAUCGCUCUUACCACAGAGAAGCCUAUGACACUUGAUGCAUGCGCUCCAUUGAUUGCCACCCUUCCGCUGGAGGUCCGCACAAAAAUAGGUGAUUUCAUUAGAGGGGUAUUUUCUGUUUUCCAAGACUUGGAUUUCUCAUUUCUGGAGAUGAAUCCAUUCACCCUGGUAAAUGGGGAACCAUAUCCUCUGGACAUGAGAGGUGAACUGGAUGACACAGCUGCUUUCAAGAACUUUAAGAAGUGGGGUAACAUUGAGUUCCCUCUACCUUUCGGAAGAGUCAUGAGCCCAUCAGAAAGUUAUAUCCAUGAACUGGAUGAGAAGACAAGCGCCUCACUGAAAUUCACAGUUUUGAACCCGAAAGGUCGCAUUUGGACCAUGGUUGCAGGUGGUGGUGCUAGUGUCAUAUAUGCUGACACGGUCGGAGAUUUGGGAUAUGCUUCGGAGCUAGGAAAUUAUGCAGAGUACAGUGGAGCUCCCAACGAGGAGGAGGUUUUGCAGUAUGCCAGAGUGGUUUUGGAUUGUGCCACUGCUGAUCCUGAUGGCCGUAAGAGGGCUCUCCUCAUUGGAGGGGGUAUAGCAAACUUCACUGAUGUUGCUUCGACAUUUAGUGGCAUCAUUCGGGCUUUAAGAGAGAAGGAAUCCAAAUUAAAGGCUGCAAGGAUGAACAUUUAUGUUCGGAGAGGUGGUCCUAACUACCAAACCGGACUCGCUAAAAUGCGUGCUCUAGGUUCAGAGCUUGGUCUUCCAAUCGAGGUCUAUGGACCAGAGGCCACAAUGACUGGAAUCUGCAAGCAAGCCAUUGAUUGCGUCAUGUCCGAAGCAUAAUUCGUCAUAGUAUUAUUCUGCUGUUGGCAGUUGUGUCCAUGUUGUUUCACAUACAUCCAUUGUGAAGUACUGUUAGGGAAACAAACAAAUGGAAAAAUAUUGGUUUUGUGUUUGGGAAAAAAAAACUACUGUUUGUAAGGCAAAUUUCGCAAUAAUCGAUGUCUCUCUUUGCAGUUGCUGACUCA